GAUAUAUCAUUGAAAAAAUCUUUACUUUUUUUUUCAAACAACUUGCUAAAAAUAUACAAUUAUAAAAAAAUGGGUCAAUAUAAAUGUUGUUGUUGCAUCCCCGUCAGGGCUGGUGUUUUAAUCAUUGCUUUGCUUUCAGCCGCUAUUUACAUUGCAGCCACUGUAGGACUCUUUUUAUCAAAGACAACUGGAGAGGAACAUUACUUUCAAAAUAUCAAUUAUCAUGCGUAUAGCAACAAGGCAGCUGAUGGUGUUCAAUACACAGCAAUUGCCGUCUGUAUUUUAUUCUCGCUUGCCUCUCUCUUUGGUGUUGUUGGUAGCAUUACCCAACAUCGAAAGAUGAUUGCCUUAUUCAAGGUGGUAUAUUGGUUUGUAGCAAUUCUUGAAUUCAUUGUAGCUGUAGCGGCCAUUGUGAUUUUUGCUGUCCAACGUAGUGUCUUUAUUGAGGCUUGUACUACAUAUGGCGGUGAAGAAGUGACAGCCGAUGAUUGUACGGUCGGUUAUCGAAAUUUCAUGAUUAUUUUCUCCAUACUGUUGAUGGUGAGCAGUUUUAUCCAGUUUUAUUUCGCCACAGCCAUUAGCGCAUACGCGACUCGUUUGCGUAGAACAAAUAUGCACGAAAAGCUUCGAAAUUUGGAGGAUUUCCCUGAGCCACCCAGCAAAACUGAAUUCUUUUAAGAAUUUCUCUUCUUUUAUCUGUUGAAACAUAAACGUACAUAUAUAUUGUAUAUUUACAUAGCACACACCCUUUCAUUUAAUACAUAUUACACAACAGAUACACGCUUUACCUCCUUCUCCAAACACACACUCACACACACCUUUUUCUUAUACAUAUAUAUAUAUAUCUUUUUUUUUUUAUCUUUUUUCUUUCUUUCUUACCAUUCCACCAAAACCGCCUAAAAUGAAUCUUUUCUCCUUUUUUUUUUUUGUCCUGUUAUUAAAAUAAUAAUAAUAAAAAAAAUGAGGGAUAUUUCUUUUGUAUAUUA